AAUGGGCCGUUAUACAAAUGAUAGAAGAAGAAAACACAAAAUAUUAUAUCAUAAAAUAAGAGAGAAUAGUUCUAACGUUAUAAGUACGCCUUAUCUAUUUAGCAAUACAGACGCUGAUGACAUUUUAAUGAGAUCUUGUAAUACAUUCCUUAAUAUAAGGAGUGUUAGAUGGACUAAAGAAAUUCAAAAUUUACACGGAGAAAUGGAAAGAGCAAUUCACAUGAUGGAGCAAGGUUUAUUCUCUUUAAAGGAUUAUACUAAAAUUUUGGAAACUACUGGAUUUGAAGUAGAUAAUAGAAAGAGUUUUAUUAGUGUUAUCGAAAACUUUAUGGAAGUUGUACUUUUAAACAUUUUACCUUUUGCUAAACAGUUACCAGGUUUAAAUGAUAUGAAUUCGUCGGAAGUUUUGUGUAGACUAUUGUCAUGUACGUCUCUUCUUCAUUUAGCGUUAACAACGGAAAUGAUGCAUUCAUUCGAGGGUGAAUAUUUCGUUGUUAACGUUGAGGGAAAAAAGUUACAAAUGAACUAUCGAGGUUUAAUUCCUCUAUCCGAUGAGGAACAUGUAGAAUCGUUAAAGGACUACCAUUUUAGGCUAGUUAGUUUAGAUUUAACCCUUGAAGAAAUCUUACUACUUUUCGCUUUAAGCUUAGUAUCACCUGAAAAGAAAUAUCCGCAAUUAAUAAACGCACAAAAACGCAUACAUAAAGCUUUCACUAGAUAUAUGCAGAUGACAUAUCAGCAUCGCUAUUUGGAAAGAAUGAGAAGCGUCGUAAAUACUUUGGCAUAUAUGAGAGAAUUCUCUAUGAAUCAUUAUAAAAUGUUACGAAAAAAUCAGAAAUACUUUUCUUACGUAUACCAAAGUCCAAUUGUAAAAACCUUGUACAGAGUUGGUGAUAUGGAAGAGAAUCUUCGUAGUAUCAAAGCAUUAAAGCUAUAA